AGUGUAUUUUUACUCACCCAAAGUAUCGAUACAUUGAACAUUCCUCGCACAGAAAGCCCUUCCACUUCUUGUAUACUACUCCAAACGAAAACGAAAACAAAAAGUUUCUUAUCACAUUAAAUUUAAGUUUAGUCAUCGGAUUACCUAUAUAGACCAAGAAUGUGAUAAUUAUUGGGCACAGUUAAUCCCAAAUAACUCGCACGCGAAAUUAGUCAACAUGAGUAACGGCGAGAACAACACAAACUCACGCACCCAAAACCAAGGCCAAGGUGCUGUUGAUGCCAAUACGAGUGGGAGUGCAGCAGCGGGAAUCGCCAAUCGAGCCAGGAGCCAAAACCCAUCCAGCCAGGGAUUGCUAGCACUCGGCAACAUGGAGCAGACCGCUGGAGCAGUAGCAACAAAGGCAGCUACUAAAGAAAAGCGUAGCUGGUUUCAUUCAUUGACCAGACGCAAGAAGUCCGAUUCAGCCAGUUCGAGUUUAACAGUUGCCGCUAGCUCGCACGCUGUGCAGCUGCAUACAAACAAUAACAAUGAGCCCAUGGAGGCAAGUUGCAGCACAGCUGCAUCCGUUGGCAACAACUGCAGCAGCAGCAGCAACAACAGCACUAUUGGCGGCGUUAUGCGCAAGCGCAAGGAAAAGAAAAAUGUCUUCACCCGUCUUGGCAAGAAGAUGGGCCUGGGCCUGAGUGCCCUGCGCAACUGGCACUCCAUGGGCGAUGACUGUGACUGCGAUGGCGGCACCACAGAUGCAAUGUACGAGUUUCUAUCGCCGCCCAUUGCCAGCGAGCCGACACUACCAUUUACACAUGACUACAUGCGAUUCAUAAGUAAAAAGUGGCUGGAGCGACAGGAAUCACCCAAUGUGGUCAUGUACACGACAUGCUCGGAAAUGCUCAAUCAAGUUUGGUAUUGGGGCGAGAUUUCGCGUCGCGAUUCCCAGCGUCAGCUGAGUGACAAGCCAACGGGAUCGUUUUUGGUAAGGGACUCGGAGACGAGCGGUUCCCAAUUUACGCUCAGCUUUCGCAUUAUGAACGUAACGCUGCAUUAUCGUUUGGAAUAUCGGGAUCAAUUUUGGCACUUUGAGGAAUUGAAAUAUGGUUCGAUUGUCCAGAUGAUUGACGACAUACUACAUCGGUGUACGAACGACAAUUUUGUGUGCUUUGUAAAAGUGCCCAACGAGAUGCAGCCACCGUUUCCAGUCAUUCUCAAGUAUCCGCUCAGCCGAUAUUUGAACAUGCCCAAGUUGCAGGAUCUGUGCCGACGGGUCCUGCAGCGUCAAAUGCCCGUCGCUGAGCUAGCCAAACUACCGGUGCCGGCCCAAAUGCUAGAGUAUCUAAGCGUUGAGCGUGAAUUGGUAUUUCAAAGCUAG